AUGACGGUACAGAAAGGCCUCAAUAUAACUGUUUUGGAUAGUCUGAACUUCCUACCUAUGAAGCUGGCGGCGCUGCCCAAGGCAUUUGGUUUGACAGAAUUAAAAAAAGGUUGGUUUCCCCACUUUUUCAAUAACAGAGAGAACCAGACUUAUAUCGGACCGUAUCCUCAAGCCACGAGCUAUGGGUGUGAGUUUAUGAGUUCCAAAGAACGGGAAGAACUGUUGACUUGGUUCGAAUCCAAGAAAGACGAGGAUUUUUCUUUUAGACAGGAAAUGUUAGAGUAUUGUCGAAGUGACGUUGACAUUCUUCGACAAGCCUGUUUGAAAUUCCGAGAGCUCCUUAUAACAGCUACACAUACAUUUGCGCUGAUGGAUUUUAAGGAGAAGGGAAAGAUCACUCGAAAAAUGAGUGCUGUUUUUGUUGAUCCAUUUAACUUUACGACCAUAGCCUCAGUAUGUAUGGGCGUGUACAAGACGAAAUAUUUGAAAGAAGACUGGGAGGUCAAAAUUAAUGACAACAAUGAAUGGACACCAGCCAGAUACAUCGACGGAAACUUGGAGAUCCUGAAAGACAACACCUGGAUUAAAGAAGGAUAUCUGAAAGAAGAUAAAAUUAAAGAUAAAAGAUUUAUAAAAUCACUAAUUGCCAAAGUCCCAGCUACCAAUAGAUAUCAAUUUAGUAAGUCUUCGAUUGAAUGGUUGGAAUGGAUGAUCAAACAAGAGCGUGUUCAUAUACAACACGCCCUUAAUGGUGGGGAAAAGAAACUGCAGGGUACACGGUACAAGUUGGACGGUUACUGCACGGAAACCAACACGGCCUAUGAGUACCAUGAUAGACUAGAUCCCAGAGAAAGUUUUUUCGGGGGACGUACUAACGCCAGUCAACUCUACUAUAAAACUGAAGACAAUGAAAAUAUCAAGUACAUCGAUUUCACUAGUUUAUACCCGUGGGUCAACAAAUAUUGCCAUUAUCCCGUGGGUCACCCCGAUAUCAUUACAUCUGACUUCAAAAAUAUUGACGACUACUUUGGAACCGCCAAAGUCAAGAUCCUACCUCCGAGAGGACUCUAUCACCCUGUCCUUCCUUACAGAUCUAAUGGUAAACUGAAAUUUUCACUUUGCCGGACCUGCGCUGACAAUGAAAGUCAGAAAGAUUGUGAGUGCUCCGAAGAGGAUAGAGCUUUGACUGGUACAUGGUGUACGCCUGAAAUAAAAACUGCCAUUCGUCUAGGGUACAGACUUCUUAAAGUCUACGAAGUUUAUCACUGGUCAGACACAACACAAUAUAAUCUACAAACCAGGAAAGGUGGUCUAUUUUCCAAAUAUAUCAACACAUUUCUGAAACUCAAACAAGAGGCUAACGGCCCUCCUGAAUGGAUAAAGAAUGAAGAGGAUACCAACAAGUACAUUAAGGAUUAUUUUGAAAAGGAAGGCGUUUCAUUGGAUCAUGAAGCUAUUGUCAAGAAUCCUGGACUGCGCGCUCUAGCCAAACUCUGCUUAAACAGUUUUUGGGGCAAGUUCGGUCAAUGCUUGAACAUGAGACAGACAGUUUUUUUUCACCAGUCGGAAGUGGACAAGUUUUUUCAAAUAUUCACUGAUCCUAUGAAACAGCCUCAAAAUUUUCACAUCGUCGCUGAAGACACACUUCAGAUGGAAUGGACCUACAAAAAAGACAGUCUUCCUGAAGAUAACAAGACCAACAUUUAUUUGGCCACAUUCACGACCUGUUGGGCCAGACUUAAACUCUACAGUGUAUUAGAAGAUUUGGAUCAUCGAGUAAUCUACUUUGAUACCGAUUCUAUUGUCUACGUGAGUCGACCCGGUCAGUACGAUCCACCACUUGGUGAUUAUCCGGGUGAACUCACCGAUGAGCUUAGUGAAGGUGAACAUAUUGUAGAGUUUGUGUCGGGUGGCCUGAAAAAUUACGCAUAUAAGACCAAUACAAACAAAGAAACGUGUAAAGUGAGAGGAUUCACCCUCAAUCAGUCAAAUGAUCAAUUUUGA